UCCCGGCAUGCCUCUUGGGUCCGUGCCCGGCCGAUGGCUAAGAUGGCGACUCCCAUGCAUCGCUUGAUUGCUCGGAGACAAGCGGAGGCAAAUAAGCAACAUGUAAGGUGUCAGAAAUGUUUGGAAUUUGGACACUGGACAUAUGAAUGUACAGGGAAAAGAAAAUAUUUGCAUAGACCAUCACGGACAGCAGAAUUUAAAAAAGCACUUAAAGAAAAAGAGAACCAACUACUACAACAAAGCUCUGGAGAAUGUACUACAGACAGGAAGAACAAGAAAAAAAGGUCUAAAAGUGUGACAAGUUCCAGCAGUAGCAGCAGUAUCACUUCAGCUAGCGACUCUUCAUCAGAGAGUGAGGAAUUUUCAUCAGACGACAGUGAUAGUGAUGAAAGCACUUCCAGUUCUUCAUCUUCUCCAUCAUCAAGUUUUUCUUCUAGUUCUUCUGACUUUGAAACAGAGUCAAGUUCUUCCAGCAGCAGCAGCAGCAGCAGCAGCAGCAGCACAGAUAGCAGCACAGAUGAUGAGCCACCAAAGAAAAAGAAGAACAAUUUAGUGCGAUGCUAGGACUGUAGUGGCAUUAAACAAUAACUUGCAUCGAAAAUGCAUAAUGGCCAAACUAAACUAACCAGUUGUCUGUUUUUACAGUUGUAAAACUGUAUGUGUUUUUACAUAGUAGUUGAUAGGCCAUAAGCUGUUAAAUGGCAAGUAAUACUUACUGAAAGAUUAUUUUUGUGGAUUACUGUUUAAUAGGGAAUGCUACCUUUUUUCUUAAUUUUUAAAGAAAUCUAAUAUUUAUAUGAAUUAAGGUCCAGUCAUCCAGAUGUUUACAUGCCAGAAAGCAAAACACAUUUCUCUGAAUCAUCCUGUAAGUCAUACAGCAACCUUGUGUUUGCAUCAGUUUUAUAUUCUUAGUAAAAUGGAAGGAGAAUAUGAAGUUUGAUUUCAGAUGGCCAAUAUAUCCAAAGCCAUAUUUAAUGUCCCUCCCCAGUUACAGAGGGAAUGAUAUUGCAUUUUGUACAAAAAAAACUUGUUGGAAAAGUCAAAAUAUAGUUCAAUAUUCUAAUCAAAUAAUUGUUCAGUAUCAAAUUUCUGUUAAUACGAUUCUUUUGUGAUCAGUAUCCUAUAUACGGAUCUUAUUUCCAUCUCAGUCCAGUGGGGUGGUUCAGCCUAUUGAAACAAGACUCUCUGUCUUGAACGCCCUUCUGGACUUUGUCUGCAUAUGAAAAAUGCUGCUGGGUAGAGAUCUUUGCACCGUGCUGAGGUGUAUACAUCUUACUAGAAUUCAGUGCGCUCCCUCUAAAGUCUUGUAACCAGCCCUCCUGCAACAUUGGGUUUUGACUGACUGCCCCAUACAACUUCCUUUUGCUAGUGUAAUUGCUGGCUGGUUCCGUAUACCUUUACUGCACACAAACUUGUGGAAGAGAAUAUGACAGCUGGGGGAAGAGAAAGGUAAGAUCUAUUCCCUCAUUCACUCUUCCAAGCAAAUUAAAAAUCAUCAUGAACGCCAAUAAUUUCUGGAAUUAUUUUGUUGCUUUUCCAACAGAAAUAGAUAUUAAUACUAUAAGCAAGAGAUAGCCAACAGGAGUAAAAGAAAAUAGAUUGUGCUAUAAUUUUGAAAUUAAAAAUUAUGAGAUUUUGUCUAUACUAUUCCUAGUUUAGAAGAGGUCAGAGAAAGAAAGAGUUUGGGAUACAUCCUGACUCCUAGUCUUAUACCUUACUUUCAUAUUUUCCUUCCUUUCAGAGAAAGGGAUGUGUUUAAACUGAUUCUCAUGUAAAGCGUUAACUUGGCAACUGGUCACUUGGUAAACAUUUCAGCCCAGAAAUCCUUGGAAGACUUCAUGCUAUGUUUACAUUUGGCAAAAAUCUAAAAUAAAAUUGCUAACUCAAUGGUUAGCUGGCAAAAUCUAAAAUAUUGCCAGCUAACCAUUGAGUUAGCAACGUUUCUAUUCCUUUAAGCCUCUUUUUACCUUCCGCUGUUUAUUAAUUGUCCCCACUCCCCCCCAAAAUCCUUGAGCUAUUAUGAUUGUAGUUUAGUGGGUAUUUUAAAAAUCAUUGGUAAUUUAGAGUAGAUACUUUUCCAGAUCACUUUAGGUUGUCUCUUUAAAUGCCAAAUUCUUGUUUAUGGUUACAUAUAAUGAUUUCAAAAUGAAUUCUUAGUAUUAUAUUACUGGUUAAAAAAAGAGCAUACUUCUGUUUAUUAUAGAUGGGAAGAGAACACAACUGACAUUGAAAAGCAGAGAAAAGAAAUUUCCAAAAAGUGCAUUCGACUUUUCUAAAAUAGAAAGUCACAAUAUUUAACUCAAAAAUCAAUUAAUAUUCCUGGCUCUCCCCUUGCAAAAAUCAUUUAAGUCAGAGCUGAGGAACUUAUUUCACUCCAAGCCUACACUGAUUUCAGAAACCACACAGCAUCAGUUGAUGAUGCUGCAACCAAAAGAUGGGGCCACUUCACUUCAAGCAUACAGCCUCCAAAUUACUUUCUUGGAGACAGACCAACACACCCUUUUUUUCCCCUUGUAGUAAUUUGGCUUUAAAACUGCUUUCGCUGAUAUCAGUACAAACUGUUUUUAAAUCAUUCAAGCUUUGGAGAAAUCUUAUUUCUGAUCAGUGCUUGACACAGGUGGACAUUUUUUCUCUGCCAGUCCUGGAAGGAGGGAGGGCUUGGAUAGAACCUGAAGGCCAUAUGGGACACCCUCAGCACACUGAAUAUGGCUUGUUGGAUAGGGGUUCCCCAUGUUCAAAUUUAAGCACAAGAUGAUUAGCAAAUUGCUCCCUAAAUCAGAGGGAAAUCUUGAGGGAACCGCCUGCUGUAUGACAACAUAUAGCAGCAACAGUACUUUAAAAAAAAUUGUUUCUGCCCUUCUGUCAUUCUUUAAAUAGUGGCUUGACAGCCAAUUUUUCCCCUCAUCCAAGUCUAAGUGGUGUAGUGUACCCAUUGGCCUCACCUUGUCUACAGGGCUAGGAUACUCCUUUUUCCAUGGUUUGGACCAGAAGCGUGAUCCUCUGUCCACUGAAAGAGAAAUAGCACUAUCCAGUACUAACAAAGGCCAUCUUCAGUUUUGUAAUAAAGGUUCUUGCAGGCAGCUACGUACAUGUCUCUCUCUGUACCAGAAUCUUUGGACCAAGGCCAAAUGCUUUGAUCUUUUUAAUAAGACCUGUUCAAGCUUAAAAACUUCCCUUUAAGCUGUUUUUGCACUGUGCAUGGAGAGUAGUGUUCAGUGUUGCAACUGAAAUGUUUCAUCUUUGUGCCUUUUCAUAAUAUUAAAUAUGCCCUGAAAGCAUUAUAAAAUGGAAGAGUUUGAGGUGUUUGCUUUGUUCUCUGCACACUAUUUUGGGCACCUAGAAAAAAUGUUAUACAAAUGCUUUCAAUAAGAAAAAUAUUUAUUUUCAGUGGAGCUGGAUAAACGGAGAUAUCUUUAAAUAUUUCCCCUUGCGAUAUUUUUGCAUAAAUAUUAGCGUAUAACAUGCAUCUGAUUAUUCUGGUCAUAUUCUAAUUUACAGUCACUUAUUUAAAAAUAAAAUGUUUAUUUUUUGCAUAGCACAAGUUAUAUAUAAUUAAAUGAAUUUGAAUGGAGGAUGCAUAUUAGGAAAGAUUAUUGCAAUCCAUUUCUUGUAGGUUACAGAAAAGAAAUAACAGGUUAUUGUGAUGAAUUCUAGCAAUUGGCAAUAGUCAAUUAGUGAUAGUUUCUUUUUAGUUUCUUUUUUGAUGGGAGUCUUUUUAUGAGGAAUAUGUGGGAGGGGACAUCUUAAAUAUCCUACUCUAGUUAAAGUAUGAAUUAACGAUUGAACUAUUUUUUUAUAUUUUUAUGAAAAUGUAGUGUGUAGAAUGACUUUUGAAUACAAAUGUUCUAUUUAAAUGUUUAUGUAAGUUGUGUAUUUUAGUCUGUAACCAUUUCUGUUUUGCAAAAUUCAGAAACUAUAAUUCUAAAACGACCAGAAAAUUAUUUGAAUCAUGCUACAGAAUGUAUAAUUUAAGAAGUUAAUAAAUUAUUAAAUGGAAA